AUGAGCUCCAACUCAACUGAUACCGUUAAAACAAUCCCAUCUGUAGUGGAUGGUAACGAAAGUUCGGCUGAUAAUGAACUUCCGAGUGUAGUUAUGGACGCCGUUAACAAGGAACGACCUAUCUUACCUUACAGUCAAAAAGCAUUGAAAACACUGAAGUUGGACAAAUAUCCAUACUACGUGGAACGUGAAUGGUGGAAAGAUGGUAACAGGAUGACGUUCUGGUCGACAUGGCGGAUGAAAAGAGAUGUCAAAAGGCGACAUCUGCUUGCUGAGCUUGGCCCAGAUCGUGUCAGGUUGAAGGCUCUGAAAUGUAAUACUAUAUUACCGGAACUGAUUAGAGAUGAAUGUGCCAAAAAGUUGCACAGUUUCCCCAAAGGAUCUUGCCCAAAUCUUGUUCAACAUUUGUGUCAGUUUAGUGGUGCGCGGCGUGGUAAACUGAAUAGAUUUCAUCUUCAUCGACAGAUUUUUAGGCGCCUUGCUGAUCAUGGUCAGUUAUCCGGUGUGCAACGAGGAAUUUGGUCAAUGAGUAUGGCUUACAUCCAUACGGUUUUAGCGAUGCUGUAUCAUUUAGUGCAAGGGUCGCUGUGUGCUGAGUUGCAUUUCUUAGCUUCUAAACCAGUUGAACUUCCGGAUCCCACAACAACUUUUUUAUCUAAAACCGACGUUGUGCAAGCCAACAAAUACAUGCUGGGACUGACGGCUGCAACUCCUCUUACAUGGACAAGUGAUGGAGAUAUUUUCAGAAGACCACGAGCAUUAGCAUUGGUUACUGUCAUUGAUGGCAAAGCUCUGAACAUUCCGUUAUCAUCUGGAUAUGCUAUAUCGACAGAAGGCGAAGAUUUCAACCAUGAGGAAAUGGUUAACAAUGAAAUAUUUGGUGAUGAAGGGCAGGAAUGGAUCCUGAUGCGUAAUGCAGGACUGGAAGGUUCACAGAUUGCUUCUGAUGCUCAGAAUGCUUUCUCAAAAAUUGAAAUCAAGACGAAAAGCGAGCCACUACGGCAGGAAAUUGAAAAUCUUUAUAAAAUUGCUGAAUCGAUAAGUAAAUCGAAAAUUGUUCGUACUAGAAAAACCCCAACAAUUUUCAUUAUCGAUGUGAACGGUUUGCCAAUCGCUGAGCAAGAAUUAUCCGAGGAUGAAUAUAAACUAGCUAUUAACGAGGUGGAAAAUGCAAUUCGGCAUUUAAUUUCUGUGCUGACGAAUAUAUAUAAUGAUCGCGUGAUUGCGGAACUCAUUACGGAGUCGAUAUCUGAAAUCAGAAAGAGGCAGAAAAGAGAGAAUCCUGAAAGUAGUGCUGAUCGGAUAAUGAAAUUAAGGAAAGACCUAAAUGUUUACCAGUUUGCAUCAACUAGUUAUCCAGCUAUGUUUGGAAUAUUUCUGCUUGUAAGUGUUGCACUUACAUUAGCCAUCCUCUUCGUAGCUGUUGGUUUGUGGAACAUGGAUCCGGGCAAAGAUUCAAUUAUUUAUCGCGUGGUAACAACUCGGAUGAAGAAAGAUUAGUGAUCAUUAAGUUCCUACUGCG